UUGUUUGGGCGUUGAGUUCGUCUUCUCUUCUCUGUCCUUUUUCUCUCCUAAAACAAAACAAACAAAAAAAAAACAACUCAUUUUCAAAUUCUCGGAAUCUCUCUUCUCCGAUUAACUUUUUUAUUUUCUUUUCCGGGAGGAUCUCACCGGAGAAAGCUAAGUUAGGGUUCCUAUAUAAGCGUGAAGAUUUUUGGAAACGAGAAACUUUGGAUUUGCUAUUAAAUUAAGAGAAGAUGUAUUGUCUUUCUUAAUUAAAAGCUUUUGAUAAAUUUUAGGGUUGUGAAAAAAAAAGAAAAGAAAAUGGAUUUGGAUUCGUCUAUGGUACCAGAGAAUGAUCAAGAUCCUGUUACUACGGCCACUUCAUCAUCGUCGCCUAUGGAGAAAGAAGCGUCUGAGCAAUCAACGGAAGAAGCUGGAUCCGAAUCCGAAUCGGCGUCUUUGACUCCUUCGCCUCCGUCUCCUUCUCCAGGACAACAACAACAACAACAACAACAACCGCAGGUAACGACGGUGGUUGGGCCGAGAUGUGCGCCGACGUAUUCGGUUGUGAAUGCUAUUAUAGAGAAGAAAGAGGAUGGUCCUGGUCCUAGAUGUGGACACACGUUGACGGCUGUUCCUGCUGUUGGUGAAGAAGGGACGUCUUGUUACAUUGGCCCGAGACUGAUCUUGUUUGGUGGUGCUACAGCUCUUGAGGGUAAUUCAGGAGGAACCGGAACGCCUACUUCUGCUGGAAGUGCCGGCAUUCGACUUGCGGGUGCAACGGCUGAUGUCCAUUGUUAUGAUGUUCUUACUAAUAAGUGGUCGAGGCUUACACCAUAUGGAGAACCACCUAGCCCAAGAGCUGCACAUGUUGCUACUGCUGUUGGGACCAUGGUAGUUAUUCAGGGUGGAAUAGGUCCUGCUGGUUUAUCAGCUGAGGAUCUUCACGUUCUUGACCUUACUCAGCAACGGCCACGAUGGCACAGGGUUGUUGUUCAGGGUCCUGGACCAGGACCGCGUUAUGGACACGUUAUGGCACUGGUAGGACAGAGGUAUCUCAUGGCAAUUGGUGGAAAUGAUGGAAAACGUCCAUUAGCUGAUGUAUGGGCUUUGGACACUGCUGCCAAACCUUAUGAAUGGCGUAAGCUGGAACCAGAAGGGGAAGGUCCACCUCCAUGCAUAUUACCAGGAAAACGUCCAUUAGCUGAUGUAUGGGCUUUGGACACUGCUGCCAAACCUUAUGAAUGGCGUAAGCUGGAACCAGAAGGGGAAGGUCCACCUCCAUGCAUGUAUGCAACUGCAAGUGCACGGUCUGAUGGCCUUCUUCUUCUCUGUGGUGGAAGAGAUGCGAAUAGUGUGCCCCUAGCUAGUGCAUAUGGACUUGCCAAGCACAGGGAUGGACGUUGGGAAUGGGCCAUAGCCCCUGGUGUCUCACCUUCUCCUAGAUACCAGCAUGCAGCAGUCUUUGUAAACGCAAGACUCCAUGUCUCUGGUGGGGCACUUGGUGGUGGACGUAUGGUAGAAGACUCAUCCAGUGUUGCAGUGUUGGAUACUGCAGCAGGUGUAUGGUGUGAUACAAAAUCGGUUGUUACUAGUCCUAGAACUGGUAGAUAUAGUGCUGAUGCAGCUGGUGGUGAUGCUUCUGUUGAGUUGACUAGGCGUUGCAGACAUGCUGCUGCUGCAGUGGGUGAUUUGAUAUUCAUCUAUGGUGGUUUGCGUGGAGGAGUGUUACUUGAUGACCUAUUGGUUGCUGAAGAUCUUGCUGCUGCUGAAACAACAUCUGCUGCCUCUCACGCUGCUGCGGCAGCAGCAGCAACAAACUCACCACCUGGCCGUUCACCUGGAAGAUAUGGAUUUUCUGAUGAAAGGACAGGGGAGUUACUGGAAUCAGCUCCUGAUGCUGUGGUACUGGGAAGUCCUGUUGCACCCCCUGUAAAUGGUGAUAUGUAUACUGAUAUAAGCACUGAAAAUGCAAUGGUCCCAGGAACUAGGAGAACAAGCAAAGGUGUGGAGUAUCUCGUUGAAGCAUCUGCUGCGGAAGCUGAGGCUAUCAGUGCAACUUUAGCUGCUGCGAAGGCACGGCAGGUCAAUGGUGAAGUUGAACUGCCGGAUAGGGAUCGUGGUGCUGAGGCUACACCCAGUGGAAAACCGUCAGUGUCAUUAAUUAAGCCUGAUUCUGCAGUACCCAACAGUGUUAUUCCUGCAGGGGUUCGACUUCAUCAUAGAGCUGUGGUGGUUGCUGCAGAAACAGGUGGAGCCUUAGGUGGAAUGGUUAGACAGUUGUCCAUUGAUCAAUUUGAAAAUGAGGGACGGCGUGUUAGCUAUGGGACACCUGAAAGUGCUACAGCAGCUAGGAAAUUAUUAGAUCGUCAGAUGUCAAUCAAUAGUGUUCCGAAAAAGGUUGUAGCUCAUCUUUUGAAACCUCGAGGGUGGAAGCCUCCAGUUCGACGCCAGUUUUUCUUGAAUUGCAAUGAAAUAGCUGAUCUUUGCGACAGUGCAGAACGUAUUUUCUCGAGCGAACCUACUGUGUUACAGCUUAGAGCCCCGAUUAAGAUAUUUGGUGAUUUGCAUGGUCAGUUUGGGGAUCUCAUGCGCCUUUUUGAUGAAUAUGGUUCACCAUCAACAGCUGGAGACAUAUCAUAUAUCGAUUACCUCUUUUUAGGGGACUAUGUUGAUCGGGGUCAACACAGCCUAGAGACAAUUACACUUCUGCUUGCGUUAAAGGUUGAAUACCAACACAACGUACAUCUGAUUCGUGGAAACCAUGAAGCUGCCGAUAUUAAUGCCCUUUUUGGUUUCCGGAUAGAGUGUAUUGAGCGAAUGGGUGAACGUGAUGGGAUCUGGGUAUGGCACCGAAUUAACCGUUUAUUCAAUUGGCUACCUCUGGCUGCACUGAUUGAGAAGAAAAUUAUCUGUAUGCAUGGGGGAAUUGGUCGGUCGAUAAAUCAUGUAGAGCAGAUAGAAAAUAUCCAACGUCCGAUUACAAUGGAAGCAGGCUCAAUCGUGCUUAUGGAUUUACUAUGGUCCGAUCCAACUGAAAAUGACAGUGUUGAAGGUUUGAGGCCCAAUGCUAGAGGUCCUGGAUUGGUUACUUUUGGGCCUGACCGUGUCAUGGAGUUCUGCAACAACAAUGAUCUUCAAUUGAUUGUACGAGCGCAUGAAUGCGUAAUGGACGGAUUCGAGCGUUUCGCCCAGGGGCAUUUGAUCACACUCUUUUCGGCUACAAACUAUUGUGGUACUGCAAACAAUGCCGGGGCUAUCUUGGUGUUGGGGAGAGAUCUUGUUGUGGUUCCCAAGCUUAUCCAUCCAUUGCCUCCAGCAAUUACCUCACCUGAAACUUCACCAGAAAGACAUAUAGAGGACACAUGGAUGCAGGAGUUAAACGCAAAUCGACCACCAACACCAACAAGAGGACGCCCACAAAAUCCAAAUGACCGGGGUUCUCUUGCUUGGAUAUAAACCCCAG